UCAAUGUAGAUGUGACAAUAUGAAUCUCCCGAAGGACUUUUAUAAUGUCACAAGGGAUAUACAUAACCAAAGAUUGACUACAAAUUAUAAAGGAGGUCUCUUUUGUUGUCAGGACAACUUACAAUGCAAGCAAAUAGAGGGUUUUCAAGGUUCAAGGAGAAUGGUUUCCUUAAGAUACAAAAUUAGUUGGGUUGAUUGGAACAUAUACCAAAUACCAGUUAAGGUUUACAUACUUGAUUCCACCGACAAAGUGAGGUCAAAUGGUUCCAAAAUACUUCAUGAUUGUCUGGCAGAGUAUACCAUUCCAGCUGGUGGUGGUGGUGAUUCUCCUCAUGUCCAAAAAGCAAACAUCCCAAUGGAAAAUGGAGGUUAUCUAAUUUAUGGCACUGCUCAUAUGCAUUCAGGUGUUGUAAAUGCAACUUUAUAUGGACAGGAUGGAAGGACUUUAUGUACAUCAACACCAAAAUAUGGAACAGGAAAAGAGGCUGGAAAUGAGAAAGGUUAUCUCAUUGGAAUGUCUGUUUGUUAUCCACAACCGGGUUCAAUCAAGAUUCAUGAUGGUGAAAUUUUGACUCUAGAAUCUAGAUAUAAAAAUGAGUUUCGUACUGGAGCUAUGGGACAUUUCUACAUCUAUUUGGCAGAGGAACUACCACAAUGAUAUUAAAAAUGUAAUUUUAAAUUAUUCAUGUCCCUUCACUUAGUGCUUUAUUUUAUUUUGUGAUAGUUGGUUCAUGACAACAUAAACAUCAACACUC